AUGACAGAACUGCACUCCAGAAAACCGGACUUUAUUGGCUCUGUUGAUGGAAGCCCAUGCGAGGACCCGGUAUUUUGUGCUGAGAUUGGUGGAUUUAGCCCAUACAAGACUGAAGAAGAUUUUAAAGAGGGUCUCGUACGGGCAAUGAGGCUGUCGCCAAACAAUUCACGGGUCGAUCACAUCGCGAAGCUGGUCAAAGCACUGCCCAAACACGAAAUCGUCCUGACACACUCAGAUAUUGCCCCAAGGAAUAUCAUCGUCCGCGGUGACCACAUCGUUGGCAUUCUCGAUUGGGAAAUGGCUGGCUUUUACCCGGCUUACUGGGAAUAUGCGAAAGCAUUGUAUAUGACUGACUGGCCAAGUCGAUGGAUAGCUGAUGGGACGGUGGACGAAAUUAUGGAACCUUACUACCUGGAACAUGCUGUGCUCCUACAUCUUCAAGACCUUCUUUUCUGA